CGUGUGAAUUCUUUUAUAAAUCGUCGAGUGUGACAUGUCUGGUAGAAACGAUCGACUACCAAAAAGUUGGAAGUGAUACGAACUAAAAUAGUACACAUUGUGGCAAGUUUGAUUGGGAUCUAGGACCUCGGCACGAAAUGGAAACUAAUUUGGUGCGCGUUCUUGAAGGACAUUACCUGGACGAGCUGACGAGUGAGCUAUGCGAUUUUACUCUCGAAGAACAAAAUGCCGCUACCGAGGCGCAAGGAGUAAAGCCUCUUGCGUCGUCCGACUACGUACCAGUAGUGGGCAAAACUGUCACGUACGUCGUUGCCUGCGUGAUCGUGAACAAUGACAACGAGGUGCUGAUGAUGCAGGAAGCGAAAGAAUCCUGCGCCGGGAAAUGGUACUUGCCCGCGGGGCGCAUGGAACCAGGUGAAACCAUCGUUGAAGCCGGCGUCAGGGAGGUGCUGGAGGAGACUGGUCUAAAGGUCGAAAUCACCACGCUGCUGGCGGUUGAGACGGCGGGUGGUUCGUGGUUUCGUUUCGUCCUGACGGGAAACGUGAUCGGGGGCGAAUUGAAAACACCUUCCCAAGCGGACCAGGAAUCUAUCCAAGCCAAAUGGUGUCAGAAUUUGAACGAGUUGUCUCUCCGCGCCAACGAUAUUCUGCCGGUUGUGGAGCUGGCUCGCAACUACCGCAAACGCAUGCCCAAGGAUCCAAACUGGCAUCGGGAAAUUUUGCCGGCGCGGAAAGCCCACUACAAGAACUAUCUGCGGGUGGUAGUGGCCAUCAAGAAUAAGAGCACAAACCAGGUUUACGUGCUGCUGAGCGAAAAAACGGCCUACCAUUUCCCGACAGUUGAAAUUCAUCCUGGACGUAGCAUCCACUCGACACUGAAGAAGUUCAUGAUUGAGCUGUUCGGUGCGGAUCUGCCGCAACAUAGGCCGCAUGGAGUGUUAAGCGUGGAACAUCAUACCAGCGGGACGCAAGCGAAUUCGACCGAUGGACUUUGCCUUACGGUGCUAGUUAUUUGCAGACCAUCGAUCGAGUCGGUUUCGCUUAUAGGAAAAUGCAUCUGGCACGAGCUGAGUAAGGAUCUCAGUGCCCGGUUGGCGAUGGCAGUGGCUGGAAAAAAUGCCACAUUCCAACUACACGUAGUUCGAUAGCUAUUGCAGUUGUUUAAAGAGGCGCCAAUACUUUUACGUUUCUGUACAUUUAUUUUACUAACUAAGAAAGUCUGUUUAAAAAUGCGCAGGAAUCUAGGCACCUCGAAUAGAAAAUAUUAUUUCUUCAGGUAUCAGGUAUUCGUUUUCAUUGAAUGAAUGUAGAUCAGUCGGACUAUUGAUAUGCAUUAGUUUCCCCGAAGAGCAAGUAUUUAAACAAUGUUCUACAAUUCACACCAAACUCCACUCACGCUAACACUAGACACACAGGCGCGCUUGAAUUAAUUUUAUACCGUUAUUUAGGGUAUAAUUUUGGAACUAUGAAUUUGUUGAAUAAAUAAAAAAAACUUAUCUUAA